GAUAUAUAUAUAUACGCCGUUUCUCUUAUCGUAUUAUGUAGCUGAUAAUGACUCUAGUCUGAGCUGAAAGCUUCACAUAGUUAAAUAAAAUAAUGAAUUUAGUUGAGUUUUUCAUACAAAUAUUAUUUAAAGUAUUAUUUGAUUACAAAUAGGAGUAAUAAAUCUAUUAGAUGUUCUUCGAUGUGAGAUUUGCUUAUCAUUUUUAUAAAAACAUCAUUGUUGACACAUUUAUCUGACAUUUAUAGUUAUUUUUAUUAUAGUUGUAGAACAUAGUAUUCUAUAUAUAAAUAGUCGAAUGAAUCCUGAUGAUAUAACAAGAAAUUGACAUUUCGUCUUUUGAUAACAUUUUGUAUUGUACAUAUAAACUAUAUAACUAUCAUCAACAGGAAAAAAAAUCAGAUUUUGCUAUCCGAAUCAUUGCUGACUUUAGUUUUUCAAUUUAUCCAAAGAAGAAGGAAACUUUUCUUGUUCUAUUGGAAUUUUGAUAUUCAAAAAAUAUAAAAUGUAUCGUUUUAGCGUACUUCUUAAAAUGUAAUUAUCUUGAUUUUUUGCCAUAAUCGUUAGGGGUUAAGAAUGAUAAAUGAAACUACUCACUAAUGAUUACCAAAUGUGACCGCUUUUCUUCUCUUUUCUUUUCUCUGUGGCCAUAAGUAAGUAUAGGGUGCAUGAAAUGUAAUAGGGUAUCAGUCAGUCAGUGUAGUAUGUACACUUUGCACUAUUUCUUGUACAAAUCAUUAUCAUGAUUUAAUAAUGAGGCAAGAGAGAAGAGAAAGAAAAACAGCACUCUUUCUCAAGUGUUUGAUUAUAUAUAUAUAUAUAUAUAAAUAUAUCACAAGAGAAAUGAGCAAACGAGAGAGCGAUAGAGAGCAUAGAAAUUGAAUCGUUAACAAUAUUGGAAUUUUACUAAAAUAUAGUUAGUAUGUGUAAAACAAACUCUAUUAUUCAAAACGGAAGCUAAUCGAACAAUAUUGAUGAACUAUUUAAAAGAAUUUAAUUAAAAUAGAAAAUAUGCAACUUUUUUUUAAACGCUAGUUCUUGAAACUCACUUUGAACGAAAUAUCUCUGAAGUUAAUUCAAUAGACAGUUUUGAUUAAAUUCCUUGAACUUUAUUUAUCCAUUAUCGCCAGCAGAGAAAUGCUCUUCAUAAUAUGAGGAAAGUAAGUUAAUUUAUUCCAUUAAAAAAACAAUUUACAUUCAUCGAAAUAGUAUACAGACAAUAAUAGUUGUUGUUUUCUUUUUUUGAGAGUAAAAGUUGUAAAAUUCUAGUAUUAUUUUACGAAGUAGUCAGAGAUUAAACUUCCGCAUAUGUUCUGUGUAUAAUGCUCUUGUUAACAUGGAUGAAUAACAAAUUAUUUAUUGACUAAAUCAAACUUUUCACUCACAUUGUAUGCAUAUAUGUACGUUGAACUAUAAUUGAACUGGAAGGACAAAGUGUAAAAGACUCAACAGUAAAAAAGAAUUGAUAUUGUUCUUUAUAUCAUGUGAGAAACGAUCAAACCUAUCAGAAUAUAUAUAUAUAUAUAUAUAUAUAACAGUGUAAUUCUACACGAUUUUUGUUUCAAUUGAAGUAUAUGUAUGUAUAUAUGUAUACGCACUUAACAUACAUGUUGGAAACAACAGUAUAUGAAUCUAUUGUCAAUAACACUUGCACUUGCAAAAUAAUAUCAAAUAGAAAGUGUUAGAAUUGUUUUAUUUUAUUACAUUUUAGAGAAAAAUAAUUGAUUUUAAGACAUUAUCAACUUGCUGUUCAUUGAUUUCUAGUCUAGAAUAGUGUUAAACAGCUGUUGAAAAUAAUUAGUAGAAUUUUAAGUGUUGUUAGAUAAAAAUAAUUGUUAUAAAUAUUUUAUAUGUUAGUUGACUACUGUAUGGUUAACGUUCAUCAUUUUUACUAAUUGAAUUUAGUUAAAAUUUUUGAACAAAAUAAAUGACAAUUGUGCUUGCUAUAUAGUUUGAUUUUAUUUAAAAUUCAUUUUCUUCUUGUAUUAUUUACAGGUUCCUGCUAAGAAAUCAUUGUUACCGCUACGUAAACGUGCCAACACAACGAUCAAUAGUUCAACAAAUGGCAAAAUUCCAGUUCCUUCUUUGAGUUUAACACCUGUGCAAAUAAUGUCUGCCAAAAUUCAUUGUUCAGAAAAACCAUUACCAACAAACAGUUCACUUAUUGUUGGUUGUCGUGUACAAAUUGGUGGUUUAAAAACUGGUAUAUUACGUUAUGUAGGUAGUGUUCAUUUUGCUCAAGGUCAAUUUUGUGGGAUUGAAUUGGAUGAACCAGAUGGAAAACAUAAUGGUGAAGUUCAAAAUAUUCGAUAUUUUGAUUGUCCUCAAAAUCAUGGUGUAUUUGUUCCACAAGAAAAAGUGAUAGUUCUUUCUUCAACACCAGAAAGACAAAUACCAUCACCUAAAAAAGAGAUUCCAAUUCCAGUUCGUCCACCACAAAUAAGUCGUUUAAGAGCACCUGGAACAAUGAUUCGUUCAUCUACAAUAACAUCAUCAAAUGUCUCAGUACCAACGUCUGUCGCAAGUGGAUCCGUCCAAUUGCAAUCCAUUCAGUCAACAAGUCAAAUAUCUUCACUCUUGCCAGAUAUUGUACAAAAUACAUUACAUAAUAAUAACAGUCCGAUUAUGACCGUACCUGUUCUUCCUGUUGUUAUAUCGUCGCCAUCAGUUGUUAAUACCACUACUGAUUGUGAAACGAUUUCUCCCGUACAAAUAAGAGAAAAUGGUGCCAUCAAUGUUCUUCCUCAUAUUGAUGACAAUGAGAACGAUUAUAGUGACGAUGUAUUCGAUGUAGCUGAUAAUCAUAUAACUCCACAAUCAAAACAACUAAAUAAAUCACAAUCAUCCUUAAUCCCGUUUGAAUUAACAAAUACUAUUGAUACUGCCAGUCCACAUAGCUGGCUAACAGCACCUUCACCAAUGGUAGAACCACCGCCAGUUUUAACUCCAGCUACAAUUUCUCAACCGCCACUACCACCACCAUCACCACCACCAUCACCAUCACCAUCACCCCCACUACAACAACAAUCACAAAUUUUACUUGAACCAUCCGAAUUAGUUGAUAGUGUAUCAUUAAUAUUGAAUCAAUUACAACAACAACAGACACAUCAACAUAUUGAAUCGAUCAGUGAAGAUGGUGAUAAUAUGGAUGAAGAUGAAGAGUACGGAGAAGAAACUCGAGAAAAUAAAGUAGUCGAACACGAACCACAAUCAGAACAAGCAUCAACUACAGAAAAAAUGAAUCAGAAUGGCACGGAUGAUUUAAAUCAGAGUAUAACAAAUUGUGUUCAAACGGAUAUAUCAUUCGAUAAAAAUGACGAUAUUACAUUCAUACGUUUAGCAGAUGUAAAAAAUCAAUCGUCUGAUUUGAGUACAAUAUUUGAAAAAUCAGUAGAAGAUAGAUCGAGAGACGAGAGAGAAAAAACACUGACACCACCACCACCAACAACACCAACAACAGUUGAUGAAAAUGAGCAGAAAGAGAAAAUAUAUAGUCAUUUAUCGUCUGAAUCUUCGGUGACACAUGAUCAACAACCCGUGGAGGAUGAUCAUUCAACCGCGUUGUCAUCAUCCGAACUCUCAAUUCCAUCACGUACAUCUUCAAUAACUAGUCAAUCAUCUGCAUUAAAUAAACGAAAAGUAUUCGGUCAUGAUAGUUCAUCAGAACCACUUGGUAAAAAGAAAACAAGUACUCCAAAAGUACAAACAACAACGAUGACUAGAAUUAAUCGAAAAAAUCCAAAAGAUGAAAAUGAGCAACCAGGUAUCGUAAUAUUGCUUGUUGAAUUCUUACUUAUUAUGUAAAAUAUGAUUACAGAGUCCUUGGUUUCGCUCACUUUUUCAGUUUUUGAUGUUGAUUUGACCUUAAUUGUUAUGAAUGAUCAUGCCUGUUUGAUACUGAAUAGAGUUGAUUAAUAUCAUAGUGUCCUAGUACAAGAAACAGAACGGAAAUAAAAACGAAUACUGAUAGAUCGAUCUCUUCAGAGAUAAGAAGAAAUAUUCUUUAAUAGAACAUUUUUUUUCCACAUAUAGAAUAAGAAAAGAACAGGUAGAGUUAUAGUUGUUAAAUGAUGUGGUGAGUUAGAAAAAUUGACGAUAUCGGCUUGUCAUACAUGUUGAAAUCUCACUAAUGAUUUUUGAAUGAUGGAUUGUAUUAAUUUAAGUGCUGCUUUUUCUUUGCUAACUACAGCAGUAUAUUUCUGGUUGUUUUCUUUAA